UGCAAAUACCUAGCCAAAAAGCAAUUAGUGAAGCGCCACGUUGAAAAUAAACAUAUGAAAUUCAACACCCGCAAUAAGCCGUACAAGUGUCCAUUUGAUGGAUGUCAACAAGCAUAUAACGACACUGCUCGCUUGCAUCAACAUAAAAUUGAUGUCCAUAAAUAUGUUCCGAAGCCGACCAUCCGGUGCAAUAAAAGGUCGAGAUUCUCCUCCCCUUCCAGUCUUGAUCUUACCACUGGAACAUCUCAAUAA